CUCCGAUCCUCUCCAGCAAACUAGGACUUCGCCGGUCAACUCUCCCCAAUCACUCAUCACUUUCAAUCUCUUCAAUGCUGGUUCUGGUUCCACCUCGACGACUAAUCAUGGCUUGUCCGCUGCCCCAAAUGCCAGACCAACUCUGAUCGCUGGUUCCGUCCUGCCUCGGUUGAUUUCCAUCCCCGACUCGACUACUCGACUAUAAAAGACAAUUGCCUCCCGGCGCAUUUCCAGCCCUUGCUUGGCUUCUCCUCCACCCCUCCUCAUCGCCGCCAUGUCGACGCUUCUCUUUGUCGCGACGGCCACCCCCGUCCUCUACCUGGUCUGGGUGCUUCUCACCCGCUGGCAACAUGUCCAGAAUGCCCGCAAAUGGAACUGCGGGUCCAUGCCCAGCUAUCCCGGCGACCUGCUAGGCAUCAACACCUUGAAGGAGGCCCUGCAGCUGGACAAGGAUCGGCAACUACCGAUGCUGACACGCCGGCGCAUUGCCACCUUGUCAGCCCGGGAGAACCGCUACACCACCACCUUCCAAUUCCGCCAGCUCGGCACCGACAUCAUCAGCACCUCCGAACCCAAGAACGUCCAGGCCCUCCUGGCCACCCAGUUCAAGGACUUUGAGCUGGGCCAGGUCCGUCGCAACUCCAUGCACUGGCUGCUUGGUAGUGGCAUCUUCACUGCUGAUGGCGACCAUUGGUCUCGUUCCCGUGCUCUCCUCCGUCCCCAGUUCACCCGUGACCAGAUCAGCGACCUCGACCUCGAGGAACGUCAUGUCCAGCUGGCCAUGCAGGCUAUGCCAGUUGACGCCACUGGUUGGACCCCCGCCACCGACAUCCAGACCAUCUUCUUCCGUCUGACCAUGGACACCGCCACCGAGUUCCUCUUCGGCGAGAGUGUUCAGAGCCAGGCUGCCGCCCUUAGCAACGGUGCCAUCCCCCAGGACAACUUCCCUGCUCAGUUCGAUCGUGGCCAAUGGUACGCCGCUCAGCGCGCCCGCUUCGAGAAGCUCUACUGGAUUGUCGACAACAAAGAAAGCCGAGAGCUUAACAGCGCCGUCCACGCUUACGUCGACCGCUUCGUCAACGCUGCCCUGUCUUCCGACCCGGAGAAGAAGCCUGCUCACUAUGUCUUUCUGCACGGUCUGGCCGAGGCCACCCGUGAUCCCGUCGAACUGCGGUCGCAGUUGCUCAACAUCCUCUUGGCUGGCCGUGACACCACCGCGUCGCUGCUGAGUUGGUGUGUGCUGUUCCUGGCUCGUUACCCUGAUGUGUUUACCGCCCUGCGCGCCACCAUCCUGGCCGAAUUCGGCACCUACACCCAGCCCCACGAUAUCACCUUUGCCAACCUCAAGUCCUGCCGCCCGCUGCAGAACUUCCUGAACGAAGUCCUCCGUCUCUACCCCAUCGUCCCGGGUAACCGCCGUACCGCCGUGCGCAACACCACCCUGCCCACCGGCGGUGGCCCCAGCGGCACGGACCCUAUCUACAUCAAGAAGGGCCAAUCGGUCUUCUACAGUACCUUUGUCAUGCACCGUCGUCCUGAUCUGUGGGGCCCUGACGCAGAUGAGUUCCGUCCGGACCGGUGGUCCGAGCGCAAGGUCGGUUGGGAGUAUCUGCCUUUCAACGGUGGCCCGCGUAUCUGCAUUGGACAGCAGUUUGCUCUGACGGAAGCUGGCUACGUGCUGGUUCGGUUGUUGCAGCGGUUUGAUCGCUUCGAAGGUGUUGGACCUACCGCCCAGGGCGAUAUCAAGAUGGCGGUGAACCUGACGAAUGCACCGGGCGAUAACGUAACGCCCCCACCUGACAAAAUCCCUCCUCUAAACUUAAUCGAAAUGUUUGCAUGGACUGGACUGGACAGUAGACAGGGGGGAGAUGUUUCCGCUGUAGGUAGAUAUGUUGCUUAUACGAUCAGUUGUUUAUUGGCGUGGGUUGGGGGUGAUGAGGGAAUCGCUGGGUUGAGGGGAGGAUACUACAUGACAUAG